GUGGAUUUCACGGCCACGGAAAUUCGGAGAUUAAGCAUGGGGAAAUCAUCCAAAGACAAGCGUGACGCCUACUAUAGGCUUGCUAAGGAGCAGGGAUGGCGAGCAAGGAGUGCUUUCAAGCUCUUACAGCUUGACGAAGAAUUCGACCUCUUCGCCAAUGUUACUCGUGUAGUGGAUUUAUGUGCCGCGCCUGGAAGUUGGUCUCAAGUUCUUUCCAGAGUACUGAUCAAGGGAGAGAAGUUCGGCAGAGCUGCCUGGCAGGACCGUGAUGCGAAAUUUAGACAGCAGAUGUUGGGGUUGUUUGGUCCCCACGCGGAUACUGGUAGUGAAUUGGAAUCAUUGGCACCGAAGCCACCAGUCUCCGAACUAAAACCCCGACAGGAUGUCAAGAUUGUUUCGAUCGACCUACAGCCUAUUAGUCCGUUGCCAGGGAUUGUCACACUUCGGGCUGAUAUUACUCACCCAGCCACGGUCCCAUUGCUUCUGAAGGCAUUGGAUCCUGGAUACGAUUCGAAAACUAAGUCUCAACAAGCUGCUCAUCCAGUCGAUCUAGUACUCAGUGACGGCGCGCCCGAUGUGACUGGAUUGCAUGAUUUAGACAUCUAUGUUCAGUCUCAGCUUCUCUUUGCAGCUUUGAAUUUAGCCUUAUGUGUUUUGAAGCCUGGUGGCAAGUUCGUUGCCAAGAUCUUCAGGGGCAAAAACGUAGAUGUACUCUACGCUCAGCUCAAGAUAUUCUUCGAAAAGGUUCAUGUUGCAAAGCCGAGAUCUUCGCGUGCAAGCAGCGUCGAAGCAUUCAUCGUAUGCUUGAAUUUCCAACCUCCCAAGGGUUUCUCAGCAAGCCUUGAGGAACCCCUAGGUGUUGGUUUUCGCCUGUCAAACAUGACAGAACAGAACUCAAAGAGUUUACCUAUUACGGCGACUACGAUCUUACAGAACCCAGAAACAGGGGCGUGGAAUAGUGCUCCGGAUGUCGUUCAGACUACAGACCAAGAUGGAAUUACCGAAGUAAAGCUAGAGGAUCUCCGCCAAAGACAUGAAAAUGAUGUGAGGUGGAUUGCACCAUUUAUUGCCUGUGGCGAUUUAUCUGCCUUCGAUUCCGAUGCUUCAUAUCGACUCCCACCAGACCACGUAUCCCUUGACCCGGUCCAGCCUCCAACGGCACCUCCUUAUAAACGCGCGAUAGAGAUGAGGAAGGCCUUCGGUGGAGCAUAUGGAAAGACAAGUAGAGACUAAAAGAAAGGAUUAUGACGCAGCUUCAGCUAUGUUUUGGAUGCGAUGAUGCGGGCCCUUCGAUCAAACCGAUAUUGAUGCCUGUCGUAUUACACUCAUUCCAGUCCCUGACACCGAGGUACUUGCGAUAGAGGUACAUCUUAU